UUAAAAAAAAAUUGUAAACAAAACAAUUUUUGUACGCCUUUCACGAAAAAAGAAUUAUUCUCUUUUUGAAAUAUUUUUAAUAAUGUGAAAGGGAAACAGAUUGAUAUAUCCUUCAGUUUGUUGCUAUUUACUCACCUAUUAAAAGAAUUCGAGCAAACAAAAAAAAAGUACUUCUGUUGUCAGAAAAAAAAAUUUAAUAACAAAACAGUUUUACAAAAACAUCAAAUGUUUUAUUCAAGAUUAUUGUACUAAUGGAUACCGAUCAAUCUCUUGAGAAACGUAUUUUAGAUUUGGAAAAUCAAUUAUUAGCUAAGGAGAAGCAUAUAAAAGUACACAUUUUAUUUAAAUACAUUUUAAAUUUGCGUAAUAUCGGAAUUCCCUACUUGUAGGAAUUAGAAACUCAGUUGGGUGAUACGGAAGAAGCAUUGGACAUUACUAUAGAAAAAGGAACAAAGUCAGAAAGUCUUAUUUUAGAAUUGAGAAAUUUUGGAAAGUGAGUUGACUAUAGUGAAUCUUCAAUUAGAAAAACAAAAUUUGUUAAAAUCACUUGGUGAAACUCAAAACUACGAACAAAUUAUAUCAAAGAAAAAUUUACAAAUUGCUGAGUUUAAGGAAGCAAUAGAUAAAUUGAAACAAUGGAGUAUUGGAACGUUUGUACAACAUGUUAUAGCUACCAAGACAAUGAAGGAGGAAUUAACUCAAAAAUUGGCUGCAGAAAAUGAAGCAACUACAUUGAAGAUUCAAAUCAAGAAUUUAAACGAAUUAUUAAGAAAGUAUGAAUUCAUAAUAUCGUCGCAACAAAAUUCAUUAAAUGAAUGUAUGAUAUAUGAAGAAGGAUUAGUGAAUCAAAUAAAAAAAAUUUAUGAAAAGUUGAAUACAUUUAUAUCAGCGUUUGAUCAAUUGAAAAAAAAAUAUAUUGAAAUAAAAAUACUUAAUGAGGAAUCGAUACUAAAUCAUGGAGAAGAAGUCUUAAAGCUUCGUAGAAUAGUUCAGGCGUAUAGCCCAUUAUCAAAUACAAAAUGGGAUGAAACGUCUCCAGUUGUAGGAUUACGUGAUAAUUUAUUACUACAAACAGAAAAAUUGAAAUCUAGAAAUUUUUUAAUAUCAUAUGUUUUGUUAAACGUUGAAAAACAAUUUCUAUAUACUUCCCGUUUUUCAAUACUUUCGUUUCCAGAAAGUUCCGUAUAUCAAUUCGGAAUAACCACUUUAAGAUUAGUAUACAAAGUUGAUUCAAUUCUUCAACACAUUUAUGUCUCGGAUUACAAAUCAUUGAUUUCGGAUCUACAGUCUAACCCAUCGUCAGUGUCGAAAAAUCGUAGCUACGUUUUGUGGCUACAUCAAACUGUUACAAUUCUUUGUACAAUUCAAUGGUUGCUAUCUGAAAUUUUAGAGACACUACGGAAAAUGUCGUUUGAUCAAGUUUUAAAUCUUUUUGUAGAGAAACGGACGACCAAUACACAAAACUCUCUUUUUCUUGAUAUCAUACCAAUAAAAAAUUUGAAACCAUCAGGAUGGAUAAACCUAUUGAAAAUCGGAGAGCAUUAUAUAGAUGAGUUAAUUGGUCUUGCAGUACAUAUGGUUCUUGCUCCUUCAUAUGACACUUCUGUACUUGAGGAAUUUAUUAGUAAUAUGGAAAAAUUGCUGAGUCUUGCAAGAGAGUCUAAUAACGAAACAAUGGACGAUAAUAUUUCUACUUUUUGUUAUACAAGUUCCCAAGCUAAAGGCAUCCAACCUCCAGUUAUAGUUGCUUUACUUAGGAGGCUAAAUAGUGUUGCAGUUGUGGGCUAUUCUGGAGCAUCUUACGAUUCUUCCUUGCUAAAAGAAAUUCCCACAUCGGUUUGGGCAGCUGUAUGGGAAGCUACGGAUUAUUUGAUCAAUAAAAUUCCGUUUGGAUCAGCAUUCAAAGAAGAAAACAUUAGUCCUAUUUCUGAAAAAAAUGUUAUAUCCUUAGGUUUUGGAUAUUUUAUUAUGAAAAACACAACGUCUCAGUAUAAAAACGCUGCGAACUUUCUUAAUUCAAUGACGGAAUCCAUCAAUUACUUAGAGUCCGUUUUAGUGUCUCCGUCUGAUGCUAAAAAAUUGUUUGACGGUCCUAAAAUUAUAGAAGAAGCAAGACUUGUAGGGUUAAACCUAAAGUUUCUUGAUGAAAUGUGUACUGAUUUUUAUACAGACGUGAAUGAUUUUUCUAAUCCUUGGGAAACUGCCAUUGAACGUGUUGUGGAACAUUUGCAGAAAACUAAAUUAGUAACGGAAAAAUUAGUUGAUAUUCAAAAUGAAUGCCAACAAAAAAAAGAAACCAUUAAUAAGCUUCACCAGGAUAUAGAGGAUUUAGAAAGGUCAUCAUUGGAAUGGAGCCAGAAGUACGGCGUGGCAAACAGAGAACUUAGGCGCUUUAUGCAUCUUGAGUACGAACUACAAGAGAAAAAUGCCCGCGAGCACUAUCUUUCAACAACUUUGAUGACCCAACAGCAAAACGUCAAGGAAUUACAGGAAGAGAAAAAUAUUCUUUUAGAAGAAGUCACUCAUUUACAAUCUAAAUUACAAAAAAUGACACAGUUUCUGAAGCGUUUCAAAAAUUCCCCUUACCAUUUGGAUAAUACGAGUGAUUGGAUGCCAAUAGAAAUCGCUCAUCUACGAUUAAUUAAUCAAAAACUACACAAGGAAUUACUCUCUCUUGAAGUAGCAAAGGCGAAUUUAGCUGCUCGAAUACCAUUUGCGCAAAUAAAAAAUGAGUCUAAGGAAAAUAAUGAUUCUUAUCUGACAAGGAAAGAAUUGGCGAAAAAUCCUUUAGAAAUUCAAAUAAGUAAAAAUACAUUGAUCAAAGAGUACCUAACUUUACGGAGGUUAAUUAUGGGCCAUAUGAUAAACACUCCGUUAUAUGACCCUAAAUUGUCUACCACGGAGUGGAAUAUAAAGCAGAAAGAAUACGGCAAGGUCAAAGCAAACCUUUUUGCACAAUUUCAAGCUUUUAAAAUAAAAUUGGAGAGUUGUUUAAGACAAGCAACAAGACGUCUCUCUGAAUCCUAUGGAGAAUUUGGUCCUAAUUCUUUGACAAAUCGUUAUGAAUGGAUGGGCUUGUGCAACAUUCAUAAUAUGCAGAAAAACACUAGUUGGGCAAAACCUACGAUGAAAAUAACAAUCCCUAGACCACCCGAAUGGGCAGAUGUAAACGGAUUUUCCAAAUCUUGUAAAUUUGUGUUAAAUUCCCAUCAACUUGGGUUACUACAUAAGAAAACAAUAAUUAAUCACUUUUAAAAUUCUUGUCAAGAAAAACAUAAAAACUAUGCAGAGAACCUUUUAUU